AUGCUUUACCGACUACGCGACUUCAUCUUCGCGACGCUGGCUAUCCAGACUGUCUCUGAAGCCCCGCUCGUCGCCGCUACAAGUGCCGAACCCCAGCCACCGCAACUGUCGUACCUCUACACAGCAUACGUGUACUGCAAGGGCACACUCAUGAACGAAGAUGGGCCCAAAGGUACUCGACGGGCGAUUCCCAUCGUCGGAGGCAACUUUACUGGUCCCCGGCUGUCCGGGGAGUCGGACAAGACUAACAACCCAAUCCCUGCGACAGGCACGAUCCUAGACGUCGGCGCAGACUGGGGCACCGUCGAUCCCAAAACCGGGGUCUUCUCCGCCGACACACGGUAUAACCUGCGGACAGACGACGGCGCGGACAUCUUCAUCCAGACGUCUGGGCCGAAGGCUCCCUCGGGGAAUCUGCAUCUCCGGCUGGUGUUCGAGACGGGCAAUCCGGACUAUUACUGGCUGAAUAAUGUGCUUGGAUUCACCGCUGCCGCUGUCUCGUUCUACCGUCAGAACACGCCUGCUGCUCCGUCCGUCCUAUCAAACUCGUUCACGACGCCCCUGCGCGUCAAUUCAACCUCCAGAAUGGUUCACACUAAAGUAGUCAUCAUCGGCUCCGGCCCCGCCGCUCACACCGCCGCCAUCUACCUCUCGCGGGCGGAACUCAAGCCUGUCCUCUAUGAGGGUAUGCUCGCCAAUGGCACCGCCGCCGGUGGCCAGCUUACCACCACCACCGACGUCGAGAACUUCCCCGGUUUCCCCGAAGGAAUCAAUGGAUCAGAGCUGAUGGACGCCAUGCGCAAACAAUCCAUCCGCUUCGGAACCGAGGUCAUCACCGAGACAAUCUCCCGCCUCGACCUCUCCCAGAAGCCCUUCAAGCUGUGGACCGAGUGGAACGAUGGCCCCGACAACGAGCCCGCUCACACCGCUGACGCUGUCAUCAUUGCUACCGGUGCCAAUGCCCGCCGCCUCAACCUCCCUGGUGAGGACGUUUACUGGCAGAACGGUAUCAGCGCCUGCGCUGUCUGCGACGGCGCCGUCCCCAUCUUCCGCAACAAGCCCCUCUUCGUCAUUGGUGGUGGUGACUCCGCCGCCGAGGAGGCCAUGUUCCUCACCAAAUACGGCAGCAGCGUCACCGUGCUUGUCCGCCGUGACAAGCUCCGUGCCUCCAAGGCUAUGGCCACCCGCCUUCUGGCCAACCCCAAGGUCACCGUCCGCUUCAACUCCGUCGCUACCGAGGUCCUCGGUGAGAAGAAGCCCAAUGGCCUGAUGACCCACCUCAAGGUCAAGAACGUCAGCACCGGCGAGGAGGAGACCCUCGAGGCCAACGGUCUUUUCUACGCUGUCGGCCACGACCCCGCCACUGCCCUCGUCAAGGGCCAGCUCAAGCUCGACGAGGAUGGAUACAUCGCCACUACCCCCGGCACCAGCUUCACCAGCGUCGAGGGUGUCUUCGCUUGCGGUGACGUCCAGGACAAGCGCUACCGCCAGGCCAUCACCAGUGCCGGUUCCGGCUGCAUUGCUGGCCUCGAGGCCGAACGCUACAUCGGCGAGAACGAGACAGUCGAGGACAUCCCCCCUCCCCACGCCAACCCCGCUCUGUAA